CAUUGAACCUUUUGUUUAGCGACGUUCCCGUUGCUGUUGCAUUUUCGGUUUUUUUCAACUCCUUAAGGAGAGCGUAUAAAGCUCAAUCACACAUCAGAGAUCCAUGCUAAUACAUGUCACCAGUGGCAGCGAGACCGAAAAGGAUCGUGGUAUACCAAGUAAGACUUGAUUUCUAUUUACUAAAUGGUAACGUAUUAUUUCUUUUAACAGAUCCGCUGCGUUUCCUGGUUGAACCAAACAACAACACGGCUACUGUCGGGGACUCAGUUUGGUUUCACUGUGUCGCCACAGGCAGCCCAAAACCUAGAAUCACGUGGCUCAAACAUGGUCAAGGCGGGCGACCUCUGGACGAAGAAAAAUACAAGGCACACGAGAACGGAUCACUUAACAUAAGAGACGUGCAGUUAAGCGAUGCAGGCAGCUAUUUCUGCAUAGCUGCAACAAAUGUUGACUUGAAGCAGAUAACAGUGCACUUGGAAGUGAAAGAAAACUCAAAGCAGACUGAUGAAGAGCUAGUAAAUCAAAUAGAGAUGUUCAGUUCAGGCCACAUGGAAUUUAGUCAAUCUCUUGCUAUUGUGAUGAUCUGUGUUUCAACAGUGAUAAACAUAGUUACGUCUAAUAUAUGUUUGAUGUAGCUAGAAGGUCGCCCAAUCAUUUUAUCCAAACGUUGCAGGUAGAUUGAUUAAGUUUCUCUGGUUUUCCCCCUGGUGUCUGGUGUUAAAAUUCAUCGAAAAAUAGCUGGAUAAUUUAUCGAGAGAUUUACAUAAAUUGACCUAGUUAGGUUGAAUCUCCACAUAGCACGCGUGAGCCUUUUGAAACUGUAUGUUAGAAUUAUUCGCAUUGCUCAAGUAAAUACAGUGUUUGUGCAAUUGAAGUUUUACUACACCGAGCACAUCUGGGUAUCUAUUCAGUUCGGGUCAAGCCUUGAUACUAUGAACUCAAAUGGCUUGGUUGCAUAUUUCGCAAGCCUGCAACUUGUCCAUCAACGUAGGUUGUUAGAGGUGCUAAUAAACUGUAUAUAAGAGUGUUUCUAUUUGA